UUAUCUACAAGGUUAACGAAAUUAACGUGACGAAGUAAUGUAUUUAGUGGUAAUUAAUGAAUGAAGCUAACAAUUUAGGUCCAAGACAACAGAAUGGUCAAUGCAAAUAUAUAAAUAAGGGAAAAUCUAAUAUAAGGAAUAUCUCAUAAGUAUACAAUAUAUAUAUAUACCUUUAUAUUACCAUUUUAAUAUACAAACUUUUUUCACUCACAAAAACUAUACAUCAAAUAUAUUUUUUUAUUUUCAUUAUAAUACCCAACCUUUAAAAUCACACCAUUUAGCACCACUGCAUAGGAUUGAUUUUAUUUUUUGAAGUACAAAGUUGAUAUUUCUGUUGAUAAAAAAUAUACUGAAAAUGUGUACAAAUUCAAGGAAAGUUAGAAGAAAAUUUGUUAAAUUCAAAAAGUAGAGAGGAUUAAUUUUGUAAAUAUCCACGUUUGAUAUCUCCCCUUAACCUUUUAUAAAAGCUUGUGCAAGUGACUGAAGCAAACCAGAUACAGCAGUUUUAUUCGGACAGUAGUUUUCCAUUUUUCAGUUGCUGAGGUAUUCUUCUUACUGCAGUUCCUUUUAGUUUAUCUUACUUUAACCUUACAGUUCAUGUGGGUGUGGUCGGGUGGUGAAGGUAUCUCGGAAAGUUCCUAAAAGACCAGACUUUUAAACCUCACACUUAGAUUACCCACCAUAUGGCCAGACAACAAGGAUAUCUAAUUCUCCUUACAAUAACCGGAUUUAUCUUGGCUCCGGUGGACAAAUCCUGGAAAUAAGUUGGUUGGGUUCGGUCCGCCGGAUAUCCUAGAUCAACAAAAAAAAACUUUUCAGUUCAUUUAAUUUUUAUUUUCUGACAUCAGUUUUGUUGUUUUUUUAUCAUUGUCUUGUUUGUUUUUCUCUCUCUCAAAACAAGUACGAACUGAUCAUGAUGAUAACACUGACGUUGCACUGAAUAUUAGUUCUGAUUAUAUAGAGACAAGUGUAACUCCGAUAUGACUGUAUAACUCCAACAUGAUGCAGAGAGUACUCAAGUUCCUCGGAUCCUUAACAAUGAAUCCUCGUCACAACGAGAUCGCUCCUUUAAACACAAGCUCCGCCAACUCCCCUCGAUUCCCGAGUCCUCGUACCAAUGGUGGCGGCGAGAGUGGCCCAAGAGGCGGCAUGCCGCGUCCUAGCGGGAGAAUAUUACCACCGCUUCUACCGUAUCCUCAGAUCCCACAGACCCGUCCGCCAAUGAGGUUGCCGAUGUAUCGACCGUCGUCGCGGCCUGUCUUCUCCUUCGGCUCACAACCGCCCAUGACCCCUGCACCGUCAUGGUUACCAUAUUAUCCGCCAGCGCCGGCCGCUAACUACAACGCCGCUUUGCCUCCGCUUCCGUUCACGAGGCCUACCACCUCGGUAUACUCUGGUGGUAGUAUCCCGCGGAGGAAUGCUCACAGAAGGAGAAACCGUUAUAACGUUCCUGCUUCGAGUUCGCAGAGGCCUCAGAGUGCUGACCGAAUUAUCUACCCGAGGCCUAUAGAGAUGCCCUUUGGCGCGAUGAUGCCAAACGAAGCAGGCGAUGUCAUGAACGUGUUGCUCACUGACUAUGUGGACCCGGACAAGAUUUUUUAUGAUUAUAACGAGGAUGACUUGGUGAUAAUCUUUGGAGAUUCGGAUAAUGUGAAAAGCAGUGGUAGUGAGAAUAGGAGUGAAGAUGCUUCGGGUGUAACGAGUGUUUCAAUGAAUAGUAAUCUCGAUGGUAACGAAUCACCGAAGCUGCCUCCUCCCCCAGGGAAUCUUCAGGGUGUAACCAAUUCAGCUAAUAGAAACGAGAAUGCCUUCGAGAUUAAGAAAGGCGUGGGACACAGUGAUGAGAUUGCUCCAUCUGAUCCUAACCAUGCCAAAAGAAUCUUGGAUAACGGGGAAUCAUCUGGACGUUCAAGUGCGAAGAAAGCGCGGCGCCUUAACUAGUCGGAAGAAAAGAAUAUCUAAUGAGAUUGUUAAAAUUUCUCAAAUGAGAAGUUUAUCUCAUUCCUUCUCUCUUUGCUUUCAGUAUUUUCAUUUGUUUCAUUUCAAAAUACCCAUUGGGAUAUUAUUAAUGAACAUGCUCUUAUAUUAUAUUAAACACAAAAUUCAUAUUUAUGACUUUGUUACUUUUUUUUCAAAGAAGAAGAAGCUUUGUAGUAUCGGAUUCAAAAUAGCUAGCAUGCUCAUUGGAAUAUUAUCGAUGAGCAUACUCUUUUUAAAUUCUUUGUUUAAUAAAUACAUAAAAAUGUGAAGGUGUAUAUGACGAACAAAGUUCUCUUAAAAACAAAAAAUAAAGCAUUGUAGAUGGGUCUAGAAUAUGUAUCAAUCGUUCUCAGAAUCUUGGCUAACGCGUUCAAGAGUUGGAAGAAAACUUAAGCGCUCUUGAGCGCGAGGCUGAUAUAUCAACUGCCAAUGCCAAGCUAAAGGAGGUGGGACAAAAUCACAUUAGCAACCAAACGGUUCCUGUAAGAUGUUUUGUUAAAGUUUGUGUCCUUGUUGCAAUGCAGAGAUCUUUAUCUGUGCUGGAAGACGAGCACAACCAACUCAGCAUUCAUGCAAACGGAUUGCAGGAGCAGUUGUCACGUGGUAAUGGUGCGUCUUCUUAAUAACCGUAAGUGUCAGCUGUUGUAGGGCUUUACGUUACUUGCAUUUCAUCUUUCCUUAUGACUUUCACUCAUAUAGUCAUACCUUACUGUUGAAACAAAUAUUGAUUUCAGUGAACAUACCAUCUAAGGAAGUUGAGAGGUGGCCUUGGUAAAUCAUGUAGGUUCAAGGCCGCCGGACUGAAGUCGUAGUAUUUUUAUGUGCAGGGUUAUAUUGAUUAAACAAAUCUAUUACAAAUCACUUUCUCAAAAAAGAAAAAUCAAUAUCAUGUAGUAUAUAGAUAAUAAAAAUGAUUUGUAAUGGUAAGGCUUUGAAAAGAUCUUCUGAUUUUAUCCAUCUAUACUAUUAAAGCAGGAUCAUAUUGUCCUUUUUACCUUAGUCUGCCAUUUCUUUACUAACAUUGCAUGUUUCAUUAAGGGUAAUCAAGUAAUAUUAAUAACACAUCUAUAUUGGGCUAUUUUUUUCGGAUCCAGCCCACUAUCCACAUCAGAUCUCUCUUGGGCCAUUUGGGCUGAUUAAGAAAUCAGAUCCAAUUCUCACAUUUUUUUUUCCUUUGGGCCAUUGAGUCCAAG